GCGAUAUCCGAACUCCGAUCUCUUCAAGACGGAAAAACGCCACCUGAAGACACAGACGCGAAAAGCAUUAACGAUUUAUCCGAAAAGAGUGGGAAAGGAAGAGAGAGAGAGAGUGAGAGUGUUCCUUUAUAAGAGUUCAUAGCUUCAUUGGUGGAGUCCUCUCUGGCAGAUCUUGGAGCUCUAGAAUUGCGGGGAAAAUCCUAUAUAAUUUCUCUAUCUUUUCAAAGAUUUUUUCACUGCUUCACGAGAUCGAUUAAUACGUAUUUCUUGAUUGCCGAAAGUGGAACUUCAAUUGAUAUGAAGUCCUGAGCGACAUUCUUUUUGAGCUUGUUUUGAGUUUGUGACUUUGAAGAGUCUUUGUUAGUUCUGCUGCUGAAUCUUUAUUGCUGUGGAGCGGUUGAUAUUGCUUGAACUUUCCAAAAGGCGCUGUUGAAUUCGUUUUGUUUUUUCGAAGGAGAUUUGAUUGAUUCUGAGGAAGUUUAUUGGAAGAAACUUUGAUUCCGCUUGUAGUUCUGCCCUUUGGAGGUUGUUUGAGGGGAUUUGGUUGGGAUUCCGGGGAAUUUUAUUUGAAGUAAUCUCAGGUUAGCUUGGUUUUGUAUUUCUCUGUAUAAGAUUCAGUGGAAGUUGUGUUCUGGAUCAGAGUGGAGUAUCAAUGUUGUAGCAGAACCUAUGGAUGACCGUGGUGAAUCGUUCGUCGCUGUCAGGAGGAUAUCUCAAGGGUUGGAGCGGGGUGGUUCUUGCCACUCAACAUCCGUAUGACUGGAAUGACGUUUUCUCAAAUUGUUCACAUGGACUGUACUGCCUAUGCAUGGGCCAUGGGUAAUUUAGCUUUGCACAUGUUAAUGAGGAUGGCUGAGGGUGUGGCAGGAUCGGCAGCUUGGCUUGGCAGAGGCUUGUCUUGUGUUUGCGCUCAGCGAAGAGAGAGUGAUGCUCGCCCGUCCUUUGAUUUAACCCUUGCACAGGAGGAAUGCUUGCAGAGGCUACAGAGCCGCAUUGAUGUUGCCUACGAUAGUUCAAGGCCUGAACAUCAGGAAGCCUUAAGGGCUUUGUGGCAUGCUGCCUUUCCUGAGGAAGAACUUCAUGGUUUAAUAUCUGAGCAGUGGAAGGAAAUGGGUUGGCAGGGAAAAGAUCCAUCCACAGAUUUCAGGGGUGGUGGUUUCAUAUCGCUGGAGAACCUAUUGUUCUUCGCCAGGAACUAUCCGAAAUCGUUUCAGAAUCUUCUUCAAAAGCAGGAAGGGGAUCGCUCCAUGUGGGAGUACCCAUUUGCAGUAGCUGGUGUAAAUAUCACAUUCAUGCUCAUUCAAAUGCUUGGUCUACAAGCUGUCAAACCAAGAAUGCUAAUUGGAGCAAUUUUCUUGAAGUUACUUUCAGAAAACGAGUCCGCAUUUGACCUCCUCUAUUGCAUAGCAUUCAAGCUAAUGGAUCAACAAUGGCUUUCUAUGCGUGCGUCUUACAUGGACUUCAACGUAUGUGCAUCUGCAGUCAGAGUUCUAGAGAAAUGAUAACUGUGAUGAAAUCCACACGCCGACAACUCGAGAGGGAGCUCCUGCUUGAAGAUGUGACACGGCUAGAAGACAUGCCUUCAUUCAAUCUCCUCAGAUAGCAAUAUGUUAGUCCUGGUUGAGAAUUAUACAGAUGGCUUUAGGGAGCAAGAUGUGUCCUUUUUUUUUUUACAGGUUUCUUUUAACCUUUUUCUUGGGGAAAAAUUAUUAUCACCAUUUAAUGGUGGAUUCGAAGAAACGGUGAUCCAUUUACGAUUUGAUAGAGGUUUUCUUACUUGCUUUGAAGUUCAGUUAGGUGGUAUCUGGUAUCUGGUGCCUGGUGGUACAUGGUACACACCAGAAUACAAGUGUAAUGACAUUCAAGUUUCAUAGGUUCAUUGCUCCCUUGAGGGGGGAAAUAUAAUGCGUAUGCAAAGUGGGGAAACUGAUCUUAUCUGUGAA